CAAUAAAAACAUGCAAUUCUCCUUCAUACAUACAAAGCUCGACGCGAGCUUUGUUAAAACAAAUCAUCCCGUAUAUUACAGCUCACUCGAACGUAUACGAGAUGGCUUCAGGAACCAUGUGUCACGACUUUCAUUCCGGCCCUGAGCCGCUGGCUAUCGUAGGCAUUGCCCUGCGGCUUCCAGGGGGCGUCAACACGCCGGAGCAUUUCUGGGAAUUCCUCCUCAACAAGCAAAAUGGUCACGGGCAGGUACCUGGAUCCCGGUACAACAUCGAUGCUUUCCACCAUCCCUCGCGGACGGGCGCGGUGCGGACGAAGAAUGGAUACUUUCUCCCUGAAGAUCCAGCCUAUUUCGACCACCAGUUCUUCUCGCUGACCCCGUUUGAAGCCUCUCGCUUGGACCCUCAACAGCGUCUCCUGCUCGAAGUCAUCUAUGAGUGUAUGGAAUCUGGUGGGCAAGUGGGGUGGCGUGGCCGCGGGCGGAACAUUGGCUGCUUUGUCGGCGUAUUCGGCGAGGAUUGGUACGACCUGCAGUCCAAAGACACGCAGAGGAUUGACCGACUACAUGUUCUUGGAACGGGAAAUUUUGCACUCUCCAACCGCAUCUCCUAUGAGUUUGAUCUCACAGGACCGAGUAUGACAUUAUCUACGGGAUGUUCGUCUUCCAUGGUGGGGCUGCAUGAAGCCUGCCAGGCGAUAUUAUCUGGAGACUGCGAGUCCGCGAUUGUGGCUGGCACGAACCUUAUUCUGACUCCGACCAUGACCACAACGAUGUCAGACAACAUGGUGUUAUCGCCCAGCGGCAUUUGCCGUACCUUUGACGCUGGAGCAGAUGGCUACGGCCGAGCCGAGGGAGUGAAUGCACUGUAUAUUAAGCGUCUUGCUGAUGCCGUCCGCGAUGGAGACCCUAUCCGCGCGGUCAUCCGCGCUACAGCGACCAACUGCGAUGGACGAACUCCAGGCAUCACUACCCCCGGCUCAGUCACGCAGAUGGCGCUUGUUAGGGAGGCUUACAAGCGCGCACAAAUCCAGAAUAUCACCGAUACAGGUUUCUUUGAGUGCCAUGGCACGGGCACCGUCGCUGGAGAUACUGCGGAGACAUCGGUGGUUGGGGACCUGUUCCGCGAAUCUGGCGUCAUUAUCGGUUCGGUGAAACCCAAUAUGGGCCACUCAGAGGGUGCAUCGGGGAUUACGAGCAUAAUCAAGACUGCUCUGGCGCUUGAACAUCGCACCAUCCCGCCGAAUAUCUUCUUCAGAUCCCCCAGUCCGAGUAUACCCUUCGAGAAGUGCAAGCUAGUCGUACCAGUCGAUGCUAUGCCAUGGCCAGCGUAUAAAGAACUUCGGGCCAGUGUCAACUGCUUUGGUAUCGGUGGCGCCAAUGCGCAUGCUAUUCUCGAGCCAGCUCCCACACCAUAUCGAGAGACACAGGAUUCAGUUGUCCAGUCUCCCCACAAAACGACAAAGAAGUUGCUGGUACUGUCCGCAGCUAGUGCACAAGCUCUCUCUGAACGCGCCCAAAGCUUGGAGAGGUUUAUGACGAACAAAGGCCAGGAUCUAAAUGAUGUUGCCCACACCCUUGGGGUAAGAAGAGAGCAUCUGAAGUACCGCACAUUCUCGAUUGUCUCCUCCGACACUGAUGUUGGCUUGCAAGAAUCGCCUUUGGAAGCUUCAUCGUCUCCCGAAGUCACCCUAGUGUUCACAGGCCAAGGUGCACAAUGGCCGGGAAUGGCUCGCGAGUUGCUCGAGAAUUGCAAAGACUUCCAAAUUGACGUUCAGCACAUGGAUGACGUGUUGCGGUCUGCUAAGCCUGCUCCGUCCUGGUCGAUAGCAGAGACCUUGCUAGCACCUGAGGCGCAAUCACAGAUUCAUGAUACACGUUUUUCUCAGCCUGUUUGCACGGCAAUACAAAUCGCAAUAGCCAACCGGCUCAGAAAUUGGGGAUUCAAAGUUUCCAGUGUGAUAGGACAUUCCAGCGGAGAGAUCGCCGCAGCCUACGCGGCCGGGGCCAUUUCGCUUCGCAGCGCAAUAAUGAUUGCUUAUCAUCGUGGAAGACUGGCCCAAAGUGUAAGCGAUGGAUCUAUGGCUGCAGUUGGUCUCGCGCGCAAGGAAGUCGAGCCUUGGUUGGCAGAAGGAGCUGUGAUAGCCUGCGAGAACAGUCCCCAAAGUAUCACAAUCUCAGGAGACACAAAAGCGGUUCAUUCGACCAUUGACGCAAUUCGUACCGCAUACCCAGACGCAUUCUGCCGGAUACUGAAGGUCACCAAGGCCUAUCACUCUCAAAAGAUGCUGCCCAUGGCCUCGGACUAUGCCGCGGCUAUUGCACCUGAAACUGAGACAGUAUCUACACAUAUGCUACCCAUGCAUUCUACUGUGCUCGGUGAGGUAAUUCAUGAUCCCGCUAGGCUAGAUAGUGAGUACUGGAGCCGUAACCUGAUCUCCACUGUCGAGUUCGACAAGGCGGUCAAGAAUAUGCUCCGGUCCAAGCCCAAUCACAAUCGGCUUUUCAUAGAGGUCGGGCCUCAUAGUGCCCUGCAGGGGCCACUGCGUCAGAUUUUCGACUCAGUUGAAACCCAGGGAAAGAAUUGGUACAUCCCAACGUUAAUACGGGAUUAUAGUGCAGAGGAUGCCCUGCUUCGUGCAGCUGGACUUGCGUAUAGCCGAGGGGCUGAAAUCGACCUUUUGCGCAUCAACGGCCCCGGAAAGGUUGUUUACUGCCUGCCACGGUACCCAUGGCAACAUACCGAGCGGCACUGGAGCGAGAGUCGGCUGAGUGAGAGCUGGCGACUGCGGGAAUUUCCGCAUCAUGAGCUUCUCGGAUCCAGGGUACUCGAGUCAAGUCCUCUGGAGCCUUCGUGGAGGAAUGUGCUCCAAAUCCACAGUUGUACCUGGUUAGGCCAUCACAAAUUAUUCCGAGAUACUGUUUUCCCUUGCGCCGGAUAUGUAGCGAUGAUCGGGGAAGCCAUUCGACAGCAUUGUCACUGUGAGGGAUAUGAGAUCCGCAACAUGAUCCUCAAGAAGCCACUGUUCCUCCAGGAAACAAGCGGCACCGAGGUCCUCACGUCUCUGAAGCCCGAAAGAUUGAGCGAUAUUGCUGACUCCGAGUGGUUUGAAUUUACUGUUCUUGCCUUGGAUGGAACUGAGUGGGGCAAGUACUGCCAUGGUCAAAUACGGGCUAUUUCUCCGAUAUCAAUGCCGAAAGUCAGCAAACAGCCCCGCUGGACGCGGGGAGUGGAGCCCGCGGAUUGGUAUCAGUUCCUGGCUCGCCUGGGGCUGAAUUAUGGGACGAGCUUCCAGCGAAUGAAGGAGAUAUCGGUCGACCCGGUGGAGCAUCUGGCGAAUGCAACUGUGCUCGAGAGCAGUAGCGACUAUGAAGGCGAUUACCUGGUACAUCCAACGGUAAUCGAUCACUGCCUUCAACUAUUGUCAGUUGCUGUGGUCAAUGGAAUUCGGAGACAUGCCACCUCUUUGGCCAUCCCGGCCUCCAUCGACCGGAUCAGCAUCGUGCGGACUGAAGGGGAUAUGUGGAUCCAAACUGACACAUGUAGCUCACUGUCAUCGACCAGCAUGUCCGGAAAUGUCACUAUGUUUAGCAAGGCGGGACCAGCACUGGUGAUCACUGGAGCGACUUGUAUUUCCCUCGCCAAUGAUGAGCCAGAUAAUGAGAGCCCAAUCCCUCUCAUGUCCCAGGUGGAAUGGGCGCCAUGCCUUGACCUCAUCUCGCCGGCAGAAUGGCUGCCUACCAAGACCGAGGAAAGGGGUGUGUCGCUAAUGGCAGAACUCACAUGUUUCUACAUUUUAGAGACCACAUCCCAGAUCGCAGACUUGGUACCCGCGGCCACACAUCUGGCAAAAUACCAGUCAUGGCUGAUGACCAUGCACGAUCAGCUCGUUAAUAGAACCACCCAGAAAUUUCUCCAGAUUCCGUGGCAAGACAUUACCAUUGAUGAGAGACACGGUCGAGCCGCCAAAAUUCAAGAGCAACUCGCGCUGCAAGGACGAGGUGUUGACAGACUAGUAGAAGUCUUGAGGAGAGUAUCUGAGAAUGCAAGCCAAGUUUUACAGGGCCACGUCACUCCACUGGAGGUUUUAUCCAUGCAAAUGUUGCGAGAUAUGUAUGACUUCAACAGCUCGCUCUCGGACUGGAGGCCAUUCUUGUCUCUGGUCGGCCACUGGAACCCUCGGGUCAGGGUUCUCGAGAUCGGCGCUGGCACAGGGGCCACCUGCGAACAGGUGAUCAGUUCGCUGCGGUCGAAAGGCGGGGAGAGAGCCUGGGCCAGUUACACCUUCACUGACAUAUCACCGGCCUUUUUCUCAGCUGCAGCAGAAAGGUUCAACGAGCACGAGAACAUCGUGUUCCAGACACUCGAUAUCACUCAGGACCCUCUUCAGCAGGGAUUUACCUCGGCUUCAUACGACCUGAUCAUUAUCUCUAAUGUCAUCCAUGCCACACCUUCGCUGCGCGUUGCAUUGCAAAAUGUCUAUAAGCUCAUAGCUCCCGGAGGAUUCCUCGUACUCCAAGAGCUCUGCCCCGACAUUCUGUUUACAGAUUUCGUCAUGGGCAUGUUACCUGACUGGUGGAAUGGUGAAAGCGACGGAAGGCUCCAGGCUCCGUACGUCAAGCCGGAGCGAUGGCACACUGAGCUUCUGCAAGCGGGGUUCACGGGAGCAAUGUGUGUGACGCUAGACAACAAGCCUCCAUUCCAGCAGAAUGCCAACAUAAUCUCCCGUCGGCCCGCUGAGUAUCUGCCGGCACAGAAGGUCACAUUCCUCUCAGUCAGCGUCGAAAGUAGUAUUCCAUGGGAGAAAAGGCUGGAAGAAACGCUUCUGAAACAGGGUUACCGUGUAGAGUGGGCUACACUGCAGUCACUGCCCGCGAACACAGAAUGUCUCAUCUCUCUCCUCGACUUGCAUGCGCCUGUGAUGCAUGACAUGAGCGAGCCGCAAUUUGAGGAGUUGAAGAAUCUAUUCUCAAUGAGUUCCAAUGUGCCGCUUAUUUAUCUAACGCGCAGUGUACAGACCACCUGUCAGGAUCCUAGGUUGGGUCUGGCCUUGGGGUUUUCUCGAACUUUGCGAAGGGAGAUAGUCGGAAAGAUCGUCACAAUUGAGCUUGAUGCACUGAAUGACGGGACGUGUGGAGCGGUCGUGGACAUAUAUCACCGAACACGACAGAUGGUCCCGAAGGAUACUCUGAUAGACGAUGAAUAUGUCGUAAGAAACGGUCAGGUCUAUACUAGCCGAGUCCACUGGCACACGCUCAGAGGUCAAUUAGAAGAAGAGCCUAAGGUGGAGUCAGGACGCUGCUUGUCUAUCAAACGGUAUGGGCUUAUUGAUAGCCUUAAUUGGCAAACCGUUCCAGACGCAACGCCUUUGCUCGACUCCACAGAGGUUGAAAUAGAUGUCCAUUACGUUGGCCUGAACUUCCGGGAUCUCAUGGUUGCUCUGGGAGUUAUGGGCGACGCAAGUGAGCUUGGGAUUGAAGCAAGUGCUACUGUGCGUAGAGUCGGUGACAAGGUCACGCGGUUCGAAGCUGGAGACCGGGUUGUGGUCUGUGGGAAGGGUCUGUUCCGAACACGAGCGCACUUUCGGGAGCACGAAUGUACCAAGAUUCCUCCAGGGCUGUCUUUAGAAGACGCGGCGGCGGUUUCAGCAGUAUACGCGACAGCGUUCUAUGCCUUGAUCACCGUCGGUCAAAUACAGCCAGGCCAGACUGUUCUCAUUCAUUGUGCAACGGGGGGUGUGGGCUUGGCUGCCAUCCACAUAUGCCAGGAAAUCGGCGCAACCAUCUAUGCCACUGCAGGAUUGCCUGAAAAACGUGAUUAUCUGCAUACCAAGUAUGGGAUCCCCGUAGAGAACAUUUUCACCUCUCGAGACGAUUCAUUUCGUCAGGGUGUCAUGAGCAAAACAGCUGGAGCAGGGGUAGAUUUGGUUUUGAACUCACUGGCCGGAAGCCUGCUGCAUGCAUCAUGGCAGUGUGUUGCCAAAUUUGGCAAAAUGGUUGAGCUAGGAAAGCGAGACUUUCUUGCCCGUGGAAGCUUGAGCAUGGAUCUUUUCAACGGCAAUAGGUCCUUCUUUGGUGUCGACAUGUUGAGCAUCAUGGCCGAACAGCCUAGGGUGUCACAGCGGUUGAUGGAGCAAUUCGUCGCGUGGUACGAGGGCAAUAAAGUACAACCGAUCCGACCAAUUCGACUUUUCGCAGCCAGCGAGGUAGCUGAGGCUUUCAAGUAUAUGCAAAGUGGAAAGCACAUGGGCAAGAUCGUGAUCAAAAUGCCGACAGUUGGAGACGGGUUGUCCACAAGUCCAGCUAAAAUUCCUCUCACUCUAUCGAAAAACAAAUCGUACUUGCUCGCUGGUGGUCUGGGUGGCCUUGGGCGCGCCGUGGCGAAUUGGCUCGUCGAGAAUGGAGCCCGACACCUGAUUUUUCUCUCACGGUCGGCUGGUCAGCGGGUGGAUCAUGAGCAUUUUGCUCGUGAACUAGAGCGACAGGGCUGUAGGGUUGAGAUGGUUUCCGGAGACGUGGCGCGGCUGCAGGAUGUCAAGGUAGCUGUUUCCAAGGCCGCCGGGCGGGCAAUUGGAGGAGCGAUUCAGCUGUCCAUGGUGCUUCAGGAUGUAAGCUUGGCUAAGAUGACGCAUAACCAGUGGUUGCAAACCCUUAGACCCAAGGUCGAUGGCACCUACAAUCUGCAUUGGGCACUUGAGGCACACGAAUCAAGCCUCGACUUUUUUGUCUUGUUCAGUUCGCUGGCGGGUGUGGUUGGCACAGUAGGCCAAUCAAAUUAUGCAGCGGCUAACGCCUUCCUGGAUGCUUUCGUACUGUAUCGUCGCCAGCUAGGCCGCGUCGCGUCGGUGCUAGACUUGGGUCUCGUGGAGGAUAUCGGAUGCAUGCAUCAGAACCACCAAGCCACGUUGACCCGUGCCAGGUCGACAGCAGCGCGUCUCAUCCGUGAGGAACAUGUUGUGAAUGCACUCCAUGCAGCCAUUCUAUCCUGCAGAUCGCCACCCGAUCCCGCAGAGAUGAUCUCAAGUGUGAUGAUGGUCGGAGUGAGCAACGUGAAGCCCCUCUCGGCGCCAGGCGUGACACCCUUGUGGGGCCCAGAUAUCAGGUUUUCCACCUUUGAGAACCUGCAGGGGCAAGCAGCACGAGAUCUGGAAACGGACAAGAUGGACCUAAAAGGGUUUUUCUCCGAGAUUCAGAGCAACCCAGAUCUGCUAGAUGAUCCCGCCACGGAAUUACGCAUUAUGUCGGAGCUGUGCACUUUGAUUAACGCUCAUAUGUCUCGCGAUGCAAGAGAGAACGAAGAUAUGGCGACUAUUCCGAUUGACUCGUUGAUGUCGAUCGAAAUCCGGAAUUGGUUUCGCAGGCAACUCGGAAUGGAGAUCAGUCUGACUGAGAUCUCGAAGGCGGGCACCGUUGGUGGGCUCAGUCGCGUGUGCGUGGCCACACUCAAAGAGAGGUAUGCUGUGUUGAGUAAAGACACAGAUGCUGUCGAGAAAGAAAGCAAGUAGCGAAGGAUGGAGAGUGAAAGUAGUAGGUAGUGAGAGUAUGGACUGUUGUUAUCAUUGAGAUGUGAUGUCUGUGGUGGGUUCAACUACGAGGGGAAGGAGACGAGGGGCGGCACAUGACCACCUACCUACUUAGGGAAUAGCCAAUAUCUACCUUACCAG